UGAGUAGGUGGUCGACGUGUCAAUUCAAAUAUAGCAUGAACUGCAUCAACCUGGAAAAAUUAGAUAUCGAUAUGAAGAGCUGAACAAUAGUAGAGGUGCCGGCCAUUGUAUCGGACAACGUUUUGAAGAAGUACUACUAAUAGAAUACGAAUAGCACCUGUCGGAUCGUGUUUCGAUAAAAAGAACGACCAAGCAAAAAUCGAAGAGGCUUCCGUUGCAACAAGAAGAGAUCAAAAUGCCACAGACUCUCGUUUCCGCCUCCGGGAUAGUCAUCCCCUACGCUGGCGCCACGAAGAAGAAGCAGUCCACGCACUUUGCGGAAAAUCCGGAGAGGUUGUACCGGAAAUGUGACUUUGACGACGACCGGUUUGAGAAUCGGGAGCAGAGGCACGACGGCAUGGACAUGCUGCGGAACAAGAAGGGCAAGGUAAGAGACAACGUGAACGUGAACAACGAGGAUUUUCGGCGGAACCACCACAAAAACCCCCACAAGUACUGCUACGAGUGGGACGUUCCGGAUGAAAUUCCGGUCGGGAAGCACGGAAAACUGUCCGGCGUCGCCCCAGUCGUGGGGAAAAUCGGCAGCAAAAACACGACAACUUCUACGAGCAACUACCACGCCGGCGGCGGAGCAGGGGCUCCUGGUGCUGGGGCGAGCAGCGCCGACUCGGGCAAGAUAUUGCAGGAGUACAUGGAAAAAAAGUACUACAAAGCCGGCCGCGGGUCCGCGCCGACGGACGUACCAGCGGGCGUGGACAUGCGCAGGUACCAAUUCCGGGACACGGGCGGGGUUCGGGUCUACCUCCCGACCACGACGGCGGGCGAGGAGGAUUACAAAAACAUGAAAGUUGUGAAGGACACCCCGCUACGCAUCUCAAUUAUAAUGUCUGGGUCCUCUGGAAAGAUUUUUUAUUACAUUUGAAUUUGUGGUGCGCAUUUAAAAAUCUGUCGUGCGUGGACAGCGAAAGGUGCCAAGGCCAACGUCUUGUCAUCGAGCGGGUGGAUUACGUAUUUGUGAUGCGGAUUAGGUACUGUGUAACUAAAUUGUUCUCAAAGCCUGUCGCAAUCAUGCUCCCCGGGCUUGCGUGCUAGACCUUCUGUGUCAUGCAGGAAAAGCAUGGGAAGUAGUUGUGUCUGCAUUCAUCUACUUACUUACAUCUUCCAUGAGACUUUAGACAUAUUUGCAUUUGAUAGCCGGCCGCCGGGCUGAAGGAGUACACGCCGGUCCUGAGCUCGAUGAUGGGAAUCACUGCGGAAAACGCGAACCACUACUGUAAUAAAUACGACGCACUUUGAUCUGGAAUUUUGCUCUGUGUGUGUGUAGUCGUGCGUAAUAGAAGAAUUUUAGAUAUUCUCAUCUGCUCGGUGUCGUGGUUAUGAUCCGAGCACGAGGAGGGCCUGUUGCACGCAACACGACCUCCACAGCAUUGACCAAUGUUUGCUAAAAUACCAACCUCCUCUCAUCAACUUCCCAGAUCGCGGCGGCAACAAGUUUUACAAGGCCAUUUCCAUGAAGUCGGCGCUCAGUAAAGAUCCCCGCACCAGGAGGGAGCUCGACGACUUUGCGAAGGCAGCGAAAAUCAUUCGCGGGGAGAACGUGACUAGCAAUAACAACGCGGGUGGUCCGCGUGGUGGAGACCGAGAUGGACGAGAUCCUGCUACGCCAGAAGUAAAUAAGACACCGAAAACGUACGGCCAUCCCAGCUGCAAUCCGGUGGAAACCACCAGGCCGUUGGAUUUACGCUAUGAGCCACCGGACUUAGUGCCAGAUGACCCGGAACGAUACCAGAGGCAGCACGAGGUAUUGAAACUAUUUUUUUUGCUUGCGAUUAUAUAUACUUUUCCUCUACUUUUUUUCCUUUGCCAUCUCAUCGAGGGGUCGCUUGCACUACUAAUCAUUACGUGACUGAGUUAGAAGUUCUUGCGAGCAAGAUCUAUCAACGCCGCUAGUACAAUCUCUGAUCGUGAUCGAACGACAAAGAUUCACUCUGGGGACGAGAAAUAUCAAAUCUAUCUGGUCUAAUAUCAGGCCACCCUCGCUCACGAGAAGUGGCGAUUACGCAAGUUUGGCGGCGAGGAACUGGGUUCGCCGAUUUCGAACAAUCCCGACCACAUCGAUAAGCGGCACAAGUGGGAAGUGAAACACGGGAAGAAGAACGCGCACAGUCAUUUUGAGGAAGUGCGGUUUUUCCAGCCGGAGAUUGCCGGCUACCGUGACCGGAUAUGAAAGCCUCAGAAUGGAAAUCCUCAAAGUGGAAAUAAUUUGUGAUGCAUGAAAUGCAAGGCAAAAAAGACUGUAUUGCGGAGGACACUAUGGAGACCGACUAUUGUCCUGCUAGAGGUGAAGAAUUGGAGUGCUGCUUAGCACGAGAGAAGGGCACCCCUUUGCCUUAACCUGCAUGACAGACAUGCUUUAAGGGCCCAGGAAAUUUGUCUUGCGCCGACUACAAAUGGCGCUUCAACUGGAGUCGUUUUUUUGCAUUACAAAUUAUUUCCACUUUGAGGAUUUCCAACCUGAGGCUGUCAUACCGGAAGAGGGAGAAGAUGGGCUACACCUACGGCCGGGGGGACCACGAGCCGGAACGGGACAGCGGCAGGCGCGCACGGACCACGAAAAGCGAACGGGACGCAGAUGACCCACAUUUGAACGAGCGGAUGCUGCACCACGACCACAUGAGCGAGGUGAAAAGAGACUCCCUGUUCCGCCAAAAGGAGAACAUGCGGAUGAGUAUUUUUGAACACGACGCUUUUAAUGUGAAUGUCGGACAUUGUUCAGGAUAUUAUAUGUCUAUGGCGCUCCUCCUCCUUCUGUUUCUGAUACUGAAAGCUCGUCAUUAGGAAAAUACAGUCUACGCAGUUUCUGCAUGAGAAAGUUUUUAAAUACGUAAUACAACUUUCAGACCGGCAACUCGUCGACGGGGGCUACGCGGACGAGACCAGGCAGUCGGUAUGUCAUGUGGAAGCAUUUUUAUUUUACCGUACAAGAAGUAUUGCUAUUAACCACGACACGGACCAUGCAUCACAAGCUUUUUCCUCUAGCUGCUUCCGCAUGUUGACAACCGCGUCCUUCUCGUUGUCAUUUUAGGGCUACUUGUUUGCUAGUACGACGCAUUAUUUAUUGUGAUGCAUUUUGUACAAAUAACAGUAGAUGAUGUCGCGAGGUAGAACAACAACGUGUAGUUUUGUAGGGUAAAAAAUCUGCACAAUCUUGCAUAACCCGAUGACGAGUCGAACGACCCGUACUUCUGGAUGGAUCGAAAAGUCCGCAAUCCGCACGGGACCACCAUGCGACCAGAGUGGCUGAAGGACAAGGAGCACCGCCCCCUACUUACCUCCACCACGGCGCCGGAAAAGCACGGACUCCGCGAAGACCGGCGGUCAAAUCUCGUGGGCCGCGGGCUGCAAAACGAGAUCGGGGUCUACAACCAAGUGCAUGCGGAUUCGGUGCCAGAGCCACGACGACCUGUGGGCGGAGGAGGUGAAGACGACGAUCAUUUUGAAGAAGAUGACGAUAGUGCUGCUCUUGCCGGAACAAGCACAAGUGUAAAGAAAAAGUCCACCUCUCACCAACAUCAAACGCAUUUCAGCCGCAACGGGCCGUUUAUGGAAGCGUCAGGUUUGAAAUCGUCAAAGUUGAAAUAAUUUGUAAUGCAUAAAAUGCGACACAUUGCAGAGGACCCACGGGAGGCAGAUUAUAGUCCUGGCAAGGGUCAAAAGUUGGACUGCUAACUAGCAUGACAGAAGGCAGCUAUUUUGCCCUAAACCGCAUGACAGACUCGCUUCCAGGACCGGGAAAAUUUGUCAUGCACCGACUACAAACUGUAAGUCUAACUGGUAUCCGUUUUAUGCAUUACAAAUUAUUUCAACUUUGACGAUUUCAAACCUGACGCUUCCAUACCGUUCACCUCUGCGCAGAAGGAGCGGAUCAGUUUGCACCGCGGCACAAACCACGAGAUAGUGCAUAUGGAAGCGUCACCAGGAUUGAAAUCGUCAAAGUUGCAAUAGUUUGUGAUGCAUAAAAUGCUAGACGCAAAGUGCCUGUCUUGCAGAGCAGGCAACUGAGCCCGACUGUAAGCCUGUUUGGGGUGUGAAAUAGAGCUGCUAAAAUGGCAUGACAAAAGCAGUCUUCUCUGCUCAAACAGCAUGACAAAUUGGAUUUCCAUGCUGCCAAAAUUUGUCAUGCGCCACUUGCAAAUUGGGCUCCAGCUGGUAUCGCUUUUUUGCAUUACAGAUUAUUUUAACUUUGACGAUUUCGAUUCUGUUUCUGGCACUUCCAUAGUGCAGGACAAGAGCGAAUCGAGUCAGGUCUCCUCCAGUUCCGCAAUUCUGAGCUCGACCGAAAGCGAGCAGAAAUACGGUCCCGAGCAGUCGGCAACGGAGGGGAGCAGUAGUUCGGAACAGAUGGACAACGAGCGUGCAGCUGGUGACCGACAAAAUAAUUUCCAGUUUUACCCGGGGGAAAGACAAAGAGGGAGAGUGGCACGUGCUAGUGGAGGUGGACAUCUCGCUAGAAGACAACUGCCGGACGCCCCGAGUAGUAGACCGCGAAGUUAUGAUGACGAGGGACUACAUGAAAAGGAAAAACAACAUCACCUCCUCCGACCGCGGGAAGUGGCUUUCCAUGAGACUGCGAGCACGAUUUCAGAGCAAACGCCAACAUCGAGCUCUUCGAAUGUGAGUGUUCGGAAGAAGCCGUUUGGAAGCGGUGCUGAAGAGCCAGAACGAACCACAAAGUCCGAGCACCCGAACGAGCAAGUUCCACGCACACAUGAUAGGAGGAGUCGCAACAAUGAACAAGAGCAGCAAGACACCAUUUCCGAUACCGCGAGCGUUUCUAGCAGUAAAACGAGCAGCUCCACGCGGUCCUUUUACCAGCAGGCCGAAGACCGGAUCAAGCAGCGGGAUAUUAGAACCAGUUCCAGUACAAUUUCUGAAUUCUCGGAAGACAGUGUGUUCAACCGUCCCACGGAGGGGAUCCUGCGCUCGAAAACGGAGGCAAACACGAAGAAGACGCGGUACACACAGGUGAGAAAACAGCAGAACUUGCAGUCGUCGAACAAUUUCAUUGACUGUUUGUACCCCCGCUGCAACGACCCAGCGUCCACUUCCGAGAAUGGAAGAACGGCAGACUCCGAUCGAAUCGUCAAAAGACCCCUGGGGAGCAAGGAAAUUGGGGCCAGGUAAUUAGAAUCCACUUCUGUACUUCAUUGUUUUUUAUGAAGCUGCUACAUCAGUUUCAGUACUGGAACCGGUGUAAAAAGUGUUCUUGAAUGACAAACACAUAUCACAGGCUGUUAGAACGACAUCGCACUGUAUCACCACUCUGUGACCACGCACUGUAUCACCAUGCCUGCGAAAGCGAAAUUAAAAGUAGGAUAGCGCCUCAAUAAGAUUUUCAUUGAAGUGAGAUCAAACCGAUAAAAGAAAUAAAACGAAAACUCCAGACGCCCCGCUCCGAAAUUCACGACGACGGUUCCGCACAAUGGUCGCGACGCAACCUACCAGCAUGCUGCCGCUGCGGCGCUCCGAGCCAACAGCGAGAACAAGCAGCUGUAUAAGAUUUUGAAGGCCAAGACGAACACGAACAAGGCCGCAGUCUAUGGUGUGUGCGGCGCGCCGGCUUUUACGGGGGGGAGUACCAGUGCCAGUCAGGGCGGAACCUAUCACACUGACAAUGAUUUUCUUGUCGACAUCAGCUGAGCCCAGCCCCAGUAUUAAGUAAGAUAAGAAACUUGAAGAUCUUCAGCUCGGAGAGCUUGCAUGGAUCAUGUAGCGCUUCGAUACUAGAAGCCCUUUUUUUGCCGUCAUGUCGCUCAACACUGUGAUUCGGAUUACUACUAGACGACCUCACAAAGAUCAUGUGAAAGUGAAAUCCAAGCUGCAACUGCUAUGACAUGAAGUCACAGCAGCACAAGUAGCAUGAAGAUGCAAGAACAUGCUUGGGCUUGCGGCGCCGUAUCGACGAGAUAGAGAUGAUACUUACUUAACGCAGGUGAUGCUGAUGUAGGGAAAAAUUCUCAUUUUGUCAAUUGAUAAAAGCUCUUUGUCCUCCAGUAAGGCGACCUCCUACCCAAUCUGGACGACGAAGUGAGCUACGCUUUCAAGAGGGAGGCGGAGACGAUGUGAUCGAUGACCUGCAGCCUCUCUCUGAUAUGUAAUGAAGCGAACGAGACCACACACACACUGCCACUUAUGACUGUUGGGGCGACAGCGAAGUGACGGUCAUUUUGCAAAAGUAGCAAGAAGUCGCCUUCAGUGACAUGUUCAAGAAUUUUAUAACAACAGCCAUGUCUUCGCGCUUGAUGUAUAUAGUUGGAAAAGAAGACAGCCCCUAGACGUAUUUCUAAUGCCUGCUGGUACUCAAUAAAGGCAGCUGAUCCCGUUCCAGCAGAUAAACUAUGAGAAUGCAGCGGGAUAAAUAGAGCACAGCGACAGGAGCCCAAAAAUGAUUUACCAAGAACGAAUGAAAUGAAUUUUACAGCAGCAGCAGCAGCAGCAGCAGCUAGAAGCUAAAACAGCUGCAGCUUCCAAUAUUUGUAACUCGGAUAGAAGAACUAUGUUCCUAGAAAUUAGCGCUAUGUAUCAUCUUUCCACUGUGCUAGAGCUCAGAUCUCGAAUAAUGUGAACAGUCCUCGUGUAGCAAAUGAAAAAAAAAUACACCAAAAAUUCACCGAAAGGAAGACGAAGAUGUAACGAAGUGACGAUGGAAAACAAAAGUGGAAGUUAGGGUAGUUGCACGCAAUACUACUCCGGUUUCCAACUUGCUUAUGCAUUUCUGGACUGAAAAUUCACUUCUUGUGAGGAUAAGUAGGUCGACGCG